UGAACCGCUUCUGUCUUUUCCUCCUUCCACUGCCCGGCUUUCUUCCCCUCCCCCACAUUGCCGACUAAGUUCUCGCGUUUCGGACGGAGUCGCCUUGUUGUUGCCGCGGAGAUUUCUGCUGCUGCUGCUGCUGCUGCUGCUGCCACUGUCGCCGCCGCCACCACUGGGCUCAUUUGCCCCGACCCCUUCCUGCCGCCCUGCCCCCAGCCCCACACAAGAUGUCAGAGGAUCUAGCAAAGCAGCUGGCAAGCUACAAAGCUCAACUCCAGCAAGUUGAAGCUGCAUUGUCUGGAAAUGGAGAAAAUGAAGAUUUGCUAAAAUUAAAGAAAGAUUUACAAGAAGUUAUAGAACUAACCAAAGACCUUCUGUCAACUCAGCCUUCAGAAACUCUUGCAAGUUCAGACAGUUUUGCUUCUACUCAGCCCACUCAUUCAUGGAAAGUAGGAGACAAGUGUAUGGCAAUCUGGAGUGAAGAUGGACAGUGUUAUGAAGCGGAGAUCGAGGAGAUAGAUGAAGAAAAUGGCACUGCUGCAAUUACCUUUGCUGGCUACGGCAAUGCUGAAGUGACCCCACUGUUGAACCUCAAGCCUGUAGAAGAAGGAAGGAAGGCAAAGGAGGACAGUGGCAACAAACCCAUGUCAAAAAAAGAAAUGAUUGCCCAACAGCGUGAAUAUAAAAAGAAGAAAGCUUUGAAAAAAGCCCAGAGAAUAAAAGAACUUGAGCAGGAAAGAGAGGACCAGAAGGUUAAAUGGCAACAGUUCAACAACAGAGCCUAUUCUAAAAACAAAAAAGGCCAGGUAAAAAGGAGUAUUUUUGCUUCACCUGAGAGUGUAACCGGAAAAGUUGGAGUAGGAACUUGUGGAAUUGCUGAUAAACCUAUGACACAGUAUCAAGAUACCUCUAAAUACAAUGUCAGGCAUUUGAUGCCUCAAUAAUCAGAAAAACUGUUGGAUUUCAUCUCUGCAGGGCUUUACAUUUACCUUUUUAUCCUUAUAUUUUUCUAAAGGUAAAUUAUUUGUUAGAUGAGUAAGGAGGAUACCAUUGUCGUCCUUGUUUGACUUCAAUAGAAUGAAACUUGAAGAAAUUGCAUUUGAUAACUGCUAUUCAUUUAACUUUUUGUUACUACUACCACAGAUUUCCUCAAAGUUUGUUGAAUAAAGCAACUUUUCUAGAUAGAUGCUGCAUAAAUACAGCACUAGAUGAAUUGUUGAUCUUCCUGAUAUCAGGCCCUUACUUAAUGGAUGGUGUGUACUUUUUGUAAAGUCCUAACUUGGAAUUUUCAGAUGCUUUGAACUUGCCACAUAUUGUAGCAAUUCACUGGAACAUCAAGGCAAAAUACCAACCUGCUAAAGAGAUCUUUUUUUUUUUUUUUUCCAACUUAAACCCAUAGCUGUUGCUAAUUAAGCCUAAAAAUAGGUUAAUUUGAUUAAUGUAAAAUGACAAACUUUGUUUUGAGGGUUUUCCUUCAAUAAUUUGUUUCUUAAGCCUUUUAGGCUAUCUCUAAAAUUGAUCCAGCUCUUAAAAUUUUUUCAUUUUUAAUUGUGUAUAAGAACCAUGUUUAGGACCAGCUUCCUUUUUUAAGGGUUUUUUUUUUUUUUUUUGUUUUUUCUUUUUUUUUUUUUUAACAUUUGCUCUUUUCCUGUGUUGAUUUUUCCCUUAUGGUAGUGGUACCAUUUUUGGAUGUGUAAUGUUUAUAUAAGAAAACAAAAAGCUGAUGUAUAGCCCUGUAUACAGUGUAGAUACUAUUUUUGUAAAACAAAAAAAUCCCCAAGGCUAAAUUAAUGAACAAGAGUACUGAAUGUUUCAUCAUUAAAAAUUUAUUGUAUUUCUUGUGCAUUAAUCUGACCAUAAUUUCCCUGUAUAUUAUGUUCAUGUAGCUGAGUUUGUAAUUUUUGUUAACUAGAUCAAGUUGUCAGCAUUUGUUGGUAUAAGUGAACAUCACAGUUAUCCUGAGUUGAGUUUAAGCCAAAUAUAUGCAUAGUAAAGUGUCUUUCUAUUAAUGGAAGAUGGUGAUUUUUAGGGUAUGUGUUAAUUUCAGUUUUUGUAUGUUUAACUUUUAUUAAAUAAAGUGUUUUUAAAAUC